GGAAUUGAAGUUGCAGGGAGUGCAUACUCUAAGCAAACAGGAUAACGUAUAAUAAACUAUCACGUCAGAUAAACCAGCGGUGGAGGGCAUGGCUAUGGCAACAACACUGCCGUGCUUGGCGCCCGGAAGAUUUCGGAGCCGAGUAUUCCCAUCAUGCAGAGCGAACGCUGUUCCUCCCGACACAGUCGAGACAGAGGAAAAGACCAAGGCGAGCUCCAGUCCCAAUGUUGAGAAGGAACUCUCCAAGGCAGUGAAGAAAACAGCCGCUACUUUCGCUCCUCGUUCGUCCACUGCAAAGAAAAACCCGGCCGUCCCAGGCAGCGUUUUGUACACCGUUUUCGAAGUCCAGGGCUAUCUCUCGAUGGCUGUUGGAGGUCUCCUCGCGUACAACUAUUUGUUCCCUUCAGACGAGCCUGAUAUUGCGAGACUGAUGGGAAUGUGGUCCGUGUGGAUGUUCACAAUUCCAUCGCUUCGCGCAAGAGACUGCUCGUCUAAAGAGAAGGAUGCUUUGAAUUAUUUGUUCUUGGCACUUCCGCUUGUCAACGUUUUGCUCCCAUUUGUGUGGAAAUCGUUCGCGGCUGUGUGGUCAGCCGAUGUUGCGGUAUUUUUCGCAAUCUACGCAUGGAAGAUGGAGUGGCUCCAACAAAACGAAUCCAAAGACAAGCAAUAGUAUAUUAGCUUUGAUGAUCUUUGUAAGUUUUUAAAGGUUUUGUACAAAGGGGAAAGUAUAGUUAUUUCGGGUA